AAAGUAACAGGUAGAAAAAGUUGGAGGAGCCUGGCUCUUAGGUCUUUGUGUAUGAAUAUGAGACAGCGCCAAGAAAAGCUAAAAAAAAAAAAAAAAAAAAAAAGACUGAGGCAGAAGAUCUCGCCACGACCAACAUGACGGAAGGACCGGCACGCCGACUUCCAUUGUACUGUCUGGGCCACCCUAUGACCUUCGCAGAAGGAAGUUGGUGGAUCCUCUCGCUUCCCAGGAAAGGCACCACCGCGUGGGCUCGCGCGCGUGGGGAGCGAUCCAGCCGGUCGGGCCAUGGCGGGGCGUAUCAAAGGCUCAGAUUUCCGCUCUCGAGCUGGGCACCCAGGCCAGGACCGCAGGCACCUUCCGGGCCGGGAGUUCAAGGUGAGCCGGGCGCCCGGCGGCCAACAGCUCCGGCUGCUCCAGAGUCAGCGCUCCUCCGCUGGGCCGCGCGCCUGCUCCGCUCUCCUCGCGAGCCGAUCAAUCCCAGCGCCGGGGCGUACGUGCGCCCCUGCUCCGCUCGCGCCCGCCCGCCCGCUGCGCUCCCGCCCGCCUCCCAACGGCCGGGCCCGGGAGCCGGCCCGCCGCGCCGUGUGCAGCCCCGACCGCUUCCCGAAAGCCAAAGGGAAGAACCGCAGCGCCCGCCCGCGCCUCCCAUCCGGCGCUUUGCCAGCAACAAACACAAACUUUCCCAAGCCCCUCCCCGCUCCAGGUAACGGAGGAGGCGCCGGGGCCACCCGCUUAAAGGGGAGGUGGCGUCGGCGCCCACCCAGCCCUACCCGCGGGGCCUCCACCCCACGAGAAACUUUCCUCCGACCUUUAAAAGUUGGCCUGGGAAAGCCUUGUCUGGAAAUCCCUCGCUUUAGCCCUGUCCCGGGACACCCCGCGUCCCACCACUCUGGAGUCACCCACGCGUGUCUUCUAGUCCCUCAGACAGCUCCCCGCACUUUCACCCUCUCGUGCUGA